AUGUCUGCGACGUACAACAGCGACAGCGACGAAGUUGACUGCAGCGCCCGCUUGACAGGCCCAGCCAGUGGGCUGAUUUCCUCAGCUGGAGCGGCCGCACUGCAAGCCCCCAGCAAUGGAUUACGCAGCCCGCUAGAGCCCUCCGCACUGGGGCGUCUGCCCCGGCCCCCCGGGCGUCUGCACCGGCCACCUGGGAGUCUGCCGCAGGCCCCUGUGCGGCUGCCCUGCCCCCCUGGGCAUCUCCCCCGGCCCCUGGGCGUCUGCCCCGGCCCCAUGGGCAUCUGCACCGGCCCCCUGGGGGUCUGCCCUGGCCCCGUGGCCGUCUGCACCGGCCCCCUGGGCGUAUGCCACGCCCCCCUGGUCGUCUGUACGUGCCCCCUGGGCGUCUGCACCGGCCCCCUGGCAAUAUGCUCCGGCCCCAUGGGCGUCUGCCCCGGCCCUAUGGGCGACUUCCCUGUCCCCGUGGGCGUCUGCCAUGGCCCCCUGGGCAUCUGCCCCGGCCCCCUGUGCGGCUGCUCCGGCCCUGUGGUCGUCUGCCACGGCCCCCUGAGCGACUUCCCUGGCCCUGUGGGCGUCUGCCGGCCCCCUGGCCAUCUGCCCCCGCCCCUGUGCGGCUGCCCUGGCCCCCUGUGCGGCUGCUGUGCCCCCUGGGCAUCUGCCCCGGCCCCCUGGGCGUCUGCCCCGCUCCUGGGCGUCUGCACCGUCCCCCUGUGGGUCUGCCCCGGCACCCUGGACGUCUGCACUGGAGCCCUGAGCGUCUGCACCAGCACCUGGGCGUCUGCCACAAACUCUGGACGUCUGCCCCAGCCACCUGGGCGUCUGCCCGGGCCCCUGGACUUCUGCCCCGGCCCCCUCGGCGUCUGCCACGAGCCCUGGACGUCAGCCCCAGCCACCCGGGGAGUCUGCACUGCCCCCUGGGCGUCUGCCCUGGCCUCCUGGGUGUCUGCCCGGUCCCCUGGGCGUCUGCCCUGGCCUCCUGGGUGUCUGCCCGGUCCCCUGGGCGUCUGCCCCGACACCCUGGGCGUCUGCCCCGGCCCCCUGGGCGUCUGCCCCGGCCCCCUGGGCGUCUGCCCUGACACCCUGGGCGUCUGCCCUUCAUCUUCUUUCCCAGUUCCAUUUGUCUGUUUUGGAAUUUCUGCAACAAAUUCAGCUACAGUUCCAGACAUGAAUGCAGGAAUUCUUACUCCAGUUCACCAUUAUUGUCUGUCGGAUCAGGAAAGGGGAAGUAAUGCAGAAAUAGCACGGCUGUUCUACAAAGAGAAUUCCCUUACUAUUGGGUGA